AUGCAAAAUGUAACCAAGUUAGAUUUGAAUUCUAACUCGAUCAAUGAAGAGGGAGCAGCAAUUUCAUCAAGCUCAUAUAUGGAUCAAUUAAGAGAGUUCAAUUUAGGAAGAAAUCCUAUGGGAAAUGCAGGCAUUUCAGCAAUUGCUACAAGUCAAUAUAAGAGUCAUCUGAAAGCGCUUUCGACAAGUGAAACUUUGAAAAUUUUGAAACAAUUACAUUUAGGCCACGAUAAUAUUGACAAUAGAAACCCAGAACAGGUACCUCUACAGCAUUAG